AUGAGAGAGGAGGUAGAAAAGGAGAAGUUACUCAGAAAGAGAAAGAGAGAAGAGAAAGAAGAUGCACCUUAUGAACCUUCUCCAGAGCAUGUUUCAGUAUCACAAUCUACUCCUAAGAGUAAAAAGAAAGCUGGAGGUCGAAAGAAGGCUACUCCAAAGAUUAAAUUGGAAAAGAGAAUUGAUGAGGUGAUAGCAGAAAACAAAAAGCUGGCGGAUGAAUGCAAAAGGAUUGCUGAAAGAGAAAAGUUUCUUGCUGUUCGAGUGUCUGAGUUAGAAGAGGAGAAGAAUCGUCGAGAAAGUGAAAACGAGUACUAUAAGUUGAAGAAUAAAGAGCUUAUGGCUGCUAAAGCGUUGCAUGAACACAAGUUCUACAUGCUGAAUAGAGUUGUGGAAAGCAUGUUAGAAACAACAGUGGAUCAAAAGUAUGAAGAGUUGAAGUUAGAGGAUCUUCGUGCAGAACGUAAAGCAGAAGUAGAAAGGCAAAUGAAAGAUAAAGGUAAAGGUGUUGAAGGAAGUUCUGUAAUGUCUAUUGUGCCUUCAAUGGUGAUAGAUAAUCCAGUGCCUAUAUCCUCAGUUCCUGGUAUAGUCAAAGAAGAAAUUCAAUCGCCAAAGUUAAUUGGUGGCGAAGAAGAAGAGGAUGAUGAAGAUGAUGAUGAGGAAGAGUUUGUUUAUUCUGCAAGUAGUCACAGUUCAAAAGCCAAUGAAGAAAGUGGGGAAGCUGAGAGAAAGGGGGAGUCGAGUAAGACUCAGAUUAUAGAACAUCAUGAACCGUUGUUCUUAUGUCUAGAUGUGUAUAGGGAGAUGUUAAACGAUGUAAAUCCCGAGAAUCCAAUUGAUCUUGAAGCUGAUCUGGAAUCUUUUGAUAUCAAUAAACAGAAAGAUUACAAGUAUAACUAUGUUGAGGAUGCAGAUCAGUAUGAUAGGGUUGAAGUAGAGGAUGGUUCGGAUAAUGAAAAUGUUACUGAAGACACUUCCAAACUUCCGACGUUAAUGGAGUUCUUCGCAGCAGAAAAAAGAGAAGAGUUGCGACAAAAGGUGACUGAAGCUGUGAAUGAAAAGGUGUUUGAAAACUUGAAGAAAGAUACUGAAAAAGAAAGUCAAUCAAAUGUUGAAAAAGAAGAUCAUUCAAAAUGGUUUAAAGACAGUCAUGAGAGAAAGUUCAAAAGGCCUUUGAAGUUUUUUCGACAUGAUAGAUCUAUUUCUCUUGGUGACAUUAUAAGUUGGGGUUUUCUUCCACAAGUCAAUGCCUAUGCAGUUUGA